ACCGUCGUUUGGGUGACUCCAAAACCAAAGAGGCUGCUCGAUAAGCGGGUGCGCCGCCCCCCAACCCCAUGCUAUUUUUAGGCCUUCCGACCGCGGGCAUGCUGGGAACGUCACAUGCAAAUUAGGCGGGACCCAACGCUCCGCCCCUCUACGUUUGGGCCGUCACCAACCUGGCCCAGGGCGCAGGCGCGGGAAAGUUCAACUAAGAAAAGAAAGUUUAUACAAGUUCAGUGGAGGAGGUGGCGGCGGCGGGGCCCGGGACCAGCUCCCUCUCUCACAGGUGCCCCCAUGGCAGGCUCGGAAGAGCUGGGGCUCCGAGAGGACACGCUGAGGGUCCUAGCUGCCUUCCUAAGGCGGGGUGAGGCUGCGGGGUCUCCCAUUCCGACCCCACCCAGGAGCCCUGCCCAAGAGGAGCCAACAGACUUCCUGAGCCGCCUUCGAAGAUGUCUUCCCUGCUCCCUGGGGCGAGGAGCAGUUCCCCCUGAGUCCCCUCGGCCUUGCUCCCUGCCCCUCCGGCCAUGCUAUGGUUCAGAGCCUGGCCCAGCUACUCCAGAUUUCUAUGCCCUGGUGGCCCAGCGGCUGGAACAGCUGGUCCAAGAGCAACUGAAAUCCCCACCUAGCCCAGAAUUACAGGGUCACGCACCCACAGAGAAGGAAGCCCUGCUGCGAAAGCUGGUGGCCUUGCUGGAGGAAGAGGCAGAAGUCAUCAACCAGAAGCUGGCCUCAGACCCCGCCCUGCGGCGCAAGCUGGCCCGCCUCUCCGCCGGUUCCUUCAGCCGCCUAGUGGAGCUCUUCUCUAGCCGGGAGGGCAACCCUCGCCCAAGCCAAGCACGCCCCUCGCUGCCGUGCCCCGGGCCCCCACCGCCUUCCCCGGAGCCUCUGGCCCGCCUAGCCCUGGCCAUGGAGCUGAGCCGGCGCGUGGCCAGGCUGGGGGGCACCCUGGCCGGUCUCAGCGUAGAGCACGUGCACAGCUUUGCGCCCUGGAUCCAGGCCCACGGGGGCUGGGGGGGCAUCCUGGCAGUUUCACCUGUGGACUUGAACUUACCCCUGGACUGAGCUUUUCCUCAGAAGCUGCUACAAGAUUGGACCUCAUGUCCCUGCACUCUUUUUCCAAGCCUUCCUAUUCCACUCAGGGCUGUGGGGUGGUGCCCACCCUCUCUGUUUUUGCCAAAAAAAAAAAAAAAAAGUUUAAAAUGUUUUGACAUUAAAAACUUUUUAAAGUA